AUGGCUCUCAUCCUCUUCGCGCUGCUUCUGCACACCGGGCUCGUUCUGGGAUCAAACUACGGCUACGUGGAGUGGUCGGAUAACGACAGGGACGAGAAGCACCCGCCGGCGGCGUUCAGCACGCAGAGCGUCAACAAGGAGCCGCCCCACCGUCCCACUCCGCACCCGCUCCAGCCGACGGAGCGCGCGGUGGUCGCGCACAAAAUCGAGGAGGAUCUCCCCCGGGUGGUGACGGCUUUCCUGCACACGGGAGACUCCUCGGCGCUGAGGCAGGUCAACUGCUCUCGGCGGUAUGAGCUGAGCAGCCUGCGCGGCGGCCUCCACGUCGCCUCCCACUACUCCCUGCACAGCGUCCUGGACACGGUGGCGCACGCGACCAACUUCCUCAACAUGAUCCUGCAAACCAACAGGUCCCGCGAGCGAACCUUCCGCGGGGACACGGGCUGGUACCACGCGCUGGUUCAGAGCAUCCUCGAGGGGGACCCGAAGAUCCACCGGGCGGUGGUGACCCUGCACGCGGACGCGCCGACGACCCCCGGCCCCCACGUUUUCCUCCAGGCGACCAGGACCGGAAACGAGGUGGUGCUGCAGGACCUCUCCGGGUCCGCGCACCGCCGCCUGAAGAACAGGAGCCCGGAGUCCGACUGGUUCCACGACUUCAGGGACGGGAGGAGACCGCAGGCGCACAGCGGCGUCCCCGAGGGCUCGGGCUCCGGCGGCGGGAGUUACCUACUGAACAAGAGCCAGAUCAAAUGGUCCGCACCUUACCUGGAGUGUGAGCACGGGGCUUUCGUUCCGUACUGGCUGCUCACUUUGUCGGCUGGGUUUUAUGGACUGAAAAGCAACUCGGCGCCAGAAUUCAGGGGGGUUAUUCGUGUGGAUGUGAACCUUCAGGAUGUGGAUAUUGACCAGUGUUCCAGCAGUGGCUGGUUUGCCGGGACUCAUCGCUGUAAUCUCACCAGCAUGGAGUGCACUCCCGUUGGCGGCCACGGAUUUGUGCUGGACAAGUACAAGUGCCUGUGCAGGAAAGGAUUUUACCAUCCGAGCCGAGUGGCACUCAAUGGCUUUAAAAACCGGGAGCACAGCUCCUACAGAGACGAGACGUCUGACGUGUCCAACAAGUGUCUGCCGUGCAGAGAGGGCUGCAAGUACUGCCAAGACGACACCCCCUGCCUGGUGCAGGAGGACGGCGGACUGCGGCUCGCCGUGGCCUCCUUCCAGGGCCUGUGCAUGAUGCUGGACCUGGCGAGCAUGUUGGUGGUCUACCACUUCAGGAGGAACAAGAGCAUCCGUACUUCUGGUCUCAUCCUGCUGGAAGCCAUCUUGUUUGGGGCGUUGCUGCUGUACUUCCCAGUGAUGAUCCUGUACUUCAGCCCCAGCGUGUUUCGAUGCAUCCUCCUCAGGUGGGUUCGCCUCCUGGGAUUCGCCAUCGCGUACGGCACCAUCAUCCUCAAGCUGUACAGGGUCCUGAAGGUGUUCCUCUCCCGCACGGCCCAGAGGACGCCUUACAUGACCAGCUGGCGCGUCCUGCGGCUGCUGGCGGUGAUUCUCCUCAUUGUGCUGUGGUUCCUGGUGGCCUGGACCUCGGCUGUGUGCCAGAGCCCGGAGCUGAGUCGCAGUCUGAUAGUCGCAGGCUUCACACCAGAGGGAAUGCAGUUCAGCAUGUGCCUGCUGGACCGAUGGGACUACAUGAUGGGAGUGGCUGAGUUCCUGUUCCUACUGUGGGGUGUGUACCUGUGCUAUGCCGUCCGCACCAUCCCUUCUGCUUUCCACGAGCCGCGGUACAUUGCUGUAGCCAUCUACAACGAGCUCCUCAUAUCAGCCAUCUUCCACAUCAUCAGGUUCUGUCUGGCUGCAGGGCUUCACCCGGACUGGAUGCUCAUGCUGUUCUUUGCUCACACUCACCUGACUGUGACUGUAACUCUGGGGCUGCUGCUCGUUCCAAAGUUCCUGACCAAAAGCACUCAGGCCCGAGACGAUAUCGCCACUGAGGCCUAUGAAGAGGAGCUGGACAUGGGAAGAUCUGGCUCUUACCUGAACAGCAGCAUCACGUCCGCCUGGAGCGAGCACAGCUUGGACCCAGAGGACAUACGGGAAGAGCUGAAGAAGCUGUAUGCCCAGCUGGAGGUCCACAAAAGGAAGAAGAUGCUCGCCAACAACCCUCACCUUCAAAAGAAGCGCAACUCAAAGAAAGGCCUGGGUCGCACCCUGAUGAAGCGGAUAACAGAGAUCCCAGAGACCAUGCACUUACACCGCCAGUGCAGCCGAGACGACGGCAGUGAACAUGGCAGCAACCGGGGCACCCUGAGGAGAAACCAGCUGGAGGCGAGCCAUCAAGGAAAACUUCAAGACGAUUCCCUGAAGAACAAACUCACCGGUCUGACGAAGUCGCUCAGCUUUGACCAUGUUUGUGAGCAGGAUGCAGAAACAGCGAGUCAAACCGGCUCGGUUCCAGGAGACAAAAUGACUCCCGUUGGAAGCGGCGGAGACGGCUCUCUCCUGGGUUCCCUCAUCGGCCGCAGAUACACCAAGAAGCAGCUGGAACCGGCCAGCACUCUGCCGAGGCUGGAGCCGGCCGAGUCCACAGAGUCCGUCCCGCUCUUCUGGAAGUCGGCCAGCGCCCACAACCUCACUCACGAGAAGAAACCCGUCCACCUGCGGACCUCCAUCAUGCAGAAGUCCCUGAGCGUCAUUACGAGCGCCAAGGAGAAGAUGCCGGGACUUUCCAGCAAGACGCAAAGUGUGGAAGACGCCAGUAAGAAGGGCCAGAAGGGGCCAGAGGAGAGGACUCUGUCAGAAGUGGAUGAGACGCCCGAACAUUUUCCCAAAAUGAUCAUCAGCCAAUCGGUGGAGUACUCAAAGACUCCCAUGAAGAUGGGAAUCAUGAAACAACAGGUGAGUGGCAGCCAGCCGUCCAUUUGCUCUGAGACAGGAAGGAGUCUGUACGACGUGUCUGAGGUUUGUCCCUGGGAGCUGGAUGAGGCCCAGACUCCUUCUGAGGCAAAGACCCAAAAGCACGUGUCCAUCGCUCCGGUAGAACCCGCCGCUGGCCGGAGAGGCAGCAGCAGCAGUUCGGGAACGGCUAAAGUCAGCCGGUCUCAGCAGAGACAGAAACCCGGGCAGUCUCCGUCCAACAGACGGCGCUCCAAGGAUAAAGGAGGAGAAAGAGAGGACGGUAGGGAAACGAGGAAGUCCCGGCCGCCCAAAUCGCCUCUUCCUCUCAAGCCGGACGUGAGCCCCUGGGAGUUCGACGAACAGCCCAUGGUGGGAGGAGAUGCUGACUCUAUCUCUCCGGACAGGAUCAGGAGGAAGAAAAGUGUCACCCCCACUGAUGGGAAACCCAAAGGGCUCCAUUCGGACCACUCCAAGUCCACAGGGAGCCUCCUCCAGCCCCCGUCUCUCAUGGUAGAAAUUUCCCCAUGGGAUUACGGAGGGCCACCUUCCCCCAAGCAGGAGAAGACCUGCAACAGUCCCACCACACACAAGAAGAAACGGAAGGGCUCCUCCUCGUCGAACCACAAAUCCGACAAGGACCGAGCGAGGGAGAAGAGCAGGGAGAGGCGGAGCUCGUCCAGCAAGCCGCCGUCGGAGAGGAGACGGGUCAGCCAGUCGUCGGAGGGCGGGGGGCCAAUGGAGCGGCGGAGGAGCUCGACCAGAGACGCCGAGGUUUUCUCCCGAGACGCCGAGCACUCGCAUGGCGGCCUGGCUCAGACUAAAAAAUCCCCCGAAAAGAAGAAGGAGAAGUCUUUGCGCAGUAGUUACAAACCCGCAGUUCUAAGUGGCGCAAAAAUGGUUGACGUUUGCCCCUGGGACUUCCCAGAGAAGGAGUCGGGGGAGAGGGCGUGAUGACUGCUGGUACGACUUGAUCUUUUUGUACUCGCUGACUGAAAGCUCGCAGAACAAAGGGAGGCUAAAAAUAUACCAGUGUGUUUGGUAAAAGGCUUUUCUUUUCCCCUUUCAUGUUGUCUUGGUGAAGAGGGUUUUGGGAGCCCUUUCCAUAACGCCGCUCUGAAUGCAACCUUGUCACUUUUAAGAGGCCAUUUGUUUUCUCUGCACACCUGCUUACACAUCUGUGAGAGUUUGUAUGUUUUAUCACCUUUAAAUACAUCUUGAAGAUUUUGUAAACGAUUCACGCCUGCACUGGCCAGCCCAGCAGACGAAUGCACCAGUGAGUUCUCUGCAUGUCGAAGACGCACGAGGAACAAAAAGAUAAACUUCAGAAGAACGGAGAGUAUGGGCUGAGAUGCUCUGAGACGCAGGAGAAAAGCUGCUUGUCUUUGGGCUGAAUGCAUAAUUAAUGUCAUGAAGACGAUCUGUUCGAUCAACCAAUCGUGGGAAUAACAAAGGUUUGCAGCACAGCUAAAUGAGGAAAGCUGUGUCUUUUGGCAAAGGUUCUCCAUUUACAGCGCCUUGCAAAAUUAGUCAUAUCCCUUAAAACUUUUUCACCAUUUUCCAUGUUACUACCACAAACUGAUGCAUUUGUAUUAGCCCUUCUUUAUCAGUGUGUCUGCGCAUCUUUAAAAAGUCUUAAAUUCAAGUCUUAAAUUAAAUUAAGGACUUAAAACACCUUAAAUUUAUUUAAAAAGUAAGUUGGUCUUAAAUCUAGUAAUCACUGGUUUUUUUUCCCUCUCAAGACUUUUCUGUCAGGCAAAAGUUCGAGUCACACUCAGACUUUUUCAUUGCCUUCUGUGACUCAAGACAGUUGAGGCUAUACCGCUAGCUAGCUGCUGACAUAGCUCUUGCUAGCUAGCAAGCCUAUUUGCAUUUAUCAUGGAUAAGUGCAAAUUUAUUGGCUGUUGGUUGGACAGAGUUGAUACAUUUCUGUGGAGAUACAGGUCUUAAAUUCCAUUCAAAAUAGUCUUAAGUCUUAAAUUUGAGUUGUUGAAACCGUCUGACACCAAGGUUUAUUUAAACCUAAAUGAAAAACUGUCAACUUUUGUUCAGACAUCAGCCUAUUUGUAUCUAGAGGAAGAACUAGAUACAAAUAAGCUGAAUAUGCAGCAAAAUGUAUAUAAUGAAUAAAAAACUGUCAGUAUUUCAACCAUACAUUUCCCUUGCACUUUAAAAACAUGUCUUACUUUCUGUUGGUCUGUCAUGUAGAAUCCAGAUAAUUAGACGCAUUAAAGUUUAUGACAAAAUCUGAAAAUGCUCAAGGGGAAUGAUUCAUUUUGCAAAGCUCUGUGUAUUAUUUUAUUUUUUACUUAAUUCAUUAAUUUAUUUAUUUUUACAAAAACCACCGCAUGUGGUAAAACUAUCCAGCAUCAAAUAACUAAAUGUUUACUGGUGAACUAUGACAGUGGGUGUUUCGAUGUUGUUGCGUCCGGUAUUUGUCCACUUACAAAGCACACGAUGCUUUUUGAAAUGGCGUGCAUUGCUGUGUCAGAGUCCGCAUUUUCAUAUGGCAUGCCGUUUAAAGUUGAGCAGUACUGAAGUUGGUAUCUAUUUGGUGUUUACUCUCCUGGCUGGGGUGUCAUAUUUUUAUAUGGAUAGAGACACUCUAUCUAUCAUUGGCUGUAGUUUUUUUUUUGUUCUUUUUCUACACAUGCAGUGAAAAACAAAAGGACCAAAUCUGAAUCUGCCUAUCGCAGAUGUUGUGAAUAAUACAUUUCCUCCCCUCCUUAGCUCAUUUCAUCUGCCUGGAUGCACCUCUCUUCAAAACUGCACACUUAUUCAGUCGCUAAGAUCCCUUCGCAUGACUAUUUUUUUCUCUUUCUCUCUAACAGAGAGAGUAAUUAAUCAUUUUUGGCAUCGUCUCCAACAUAAACAACAACAGUCAGCCUGUCCGUCCUGCGGUCAGCCACCCACUACUGACAACUCAUGCCACUGUGUCACACACAGCAUUCAGCUCAGCUUCAGGACGGUUGUGUGUGCAUGACAGUGAGAAUAUGACCCCAUAAGUUCCCUGGAAGCAUAAAAUAAUCAUUGCAUAUCUUAUAAAAUACUUAAAAGGAUACUUUCAAGCACAUUUAUUUAAAUUUUAACUGUAUUUAUCAUGCACUUUGAUGUGUAACCUGAACGGCUUCAUAAAUCAGAGGCCUUUUUUUGUAACGGAAUGCCAUCGUUUGCCCACUACACGUUAUUUAAUGCUUGUUUAUGCAGUAUAUUGUUGCUCCGGCAGCUUAAAAAUGGUUGUGCCAUCCACAUGCGGUUAUUUGUACAAUGUAUUCUUAUUGUGUUGCAUGUAAAUAAAGUAAAUAAUGUUCUCAAUUUGAAAUUAAAGAUUUCUAGAAAAGCCAA